AUGGAUGUUGACGAAUACAAUGAUCUCAAUCGUGCCUUUCUUCAGGCCUUCAUGGCGCGCUCGGCCAUGACCUUCGAAGAGGCCCAGCCAGUGUUAGCAGCGUUAUUCUCGGCUCAUGAGAGCCGCAGUGUUGAUUCAGAAGAUAUCACUCAAGAACACCUCUCCUCCCUCGUCUCCGCCGCGAACACCGCUAUCUCUCCCUUUGAUUUGGAAAUCAGAACUUCCCGGCGGCAAGACCCGGAGGAAACCCACCAAGAUACGCCAGUUACACCCCCCGUGCUUGUUUACGCUCUCGUCAAUACCACCAGCGAUGCCUUGACCCAGCUCGCGACAACCUACUCCGCCGAUGAAAUUGCGUUUGUAAAGCGCGUUCUCGACUUCAUGUUCGAUACCAAUAACAAACGCCGAUGUGAAGGGAUGGUCAUCUCGUCAAUGCAAGCCAUCCAGAUGGCCAAAGCCGGCGGAGAGCGACGAAGAUCAACCAAUGUAGGAACACAGCAGCCUGAAGGCGGCGCGGCGCAGAACUUGACCCUGUCGCAGGCGGAAAAUAUGAUGAAAUCUUUGACUGAAGAAGGGUGGCUGGAGAAGAGCAGGAGGGGGUACUUUAGUUUGACUCCGCGAGCACUGAUGGAGCUGCGCGGCUGGCUGGUCUCGACGUAUAACGAUGAUGAACUUGACGGCCGGAGAGCUAAUCGUAUCAAGUUUUGCGCUGCUUGCAAAGAUAUCAUAACCUCGGGCCAACGGUGCGACGACCUUGAUUGCAAGGGUCGAAUCCAUGACCACUGUGUGCGCAACUUCUUCCGCAUGCAAAAGGCGGAGAAAUGCCCCAUCUGUAAGGCGGACUGGUCUGGGGAUAAGUUUGUCGGUGAAAGAGCUGCAGUUGAGGCAAAUCGUCCAAGGCAGAGCAGGAACGCGCGACAGGCGAUUGAGUCCCACUCAGACCUACCAAAUAGCCAUGCAGGCGCCUCUGACGAGGAUGGUAGCGCGGAAGAAGAGGGGUGA